GCGGGGCUUCCGGGGGCGGAACUGAUCGGUCCGACAGGAAGACUGAGGUAAAGCGACUGUUUUCACUCAAAAGAUGGCGGCCAUCAGAAAGAAGCUGGUGAUCGUUGGUGACGGAGCCUGUGGAAAGACCUGUCUCCUCAUCGUGUUCAGCAAGGACCAGUUCCCCGAGGUCUACGUGCCCACAGUGUUCGAGAACUACGUGGCAGACAUCGAGGUGGAUGGAAAACAGGUGGAGCUGGCCCUGUGGGACACCGCCGGCCAGGAGGACUACGACCGUCUGCGGCCCCUGUCCUACCCGGACACGGACGUCAUCCUCAUGUGCUUCUCCGUCGACAGCCCCGACAGCUUGGAGAAUAUUCCAGAGAAGUGGACCCCAGAAGAACACUUCUGCCCCAACGUGCCCAUCAUCCUGGUGGGGAACAAGAAGGACCUGCGGAACGACGAGCACACGCGGCGAGAGCUCGCCAAGAUGAAACAGGACCCGGUGAAGUCCGAAGAGGGGCGGGACAUGGCGCACCGGAUCAACGCCUUCGGCUACCUGGAGUGCUCGGCCAAGACCAAGGACGGCGUGCGGGAGGUGUUUGAGAUGGCCACCAGGGCGGCGCUGCAGGCCAAGAAACGAGGCAAGAAGAACGGCUGCUCCCUGCUGUAGAGCGCCGGGCGGGGCGGGGCGGGGGCGGGGCCGACGCAGACACUGCUCCCAGGAGCUCCGGAGCUGCUCCAGCUGGACACACUGUCUCCUCCGUCAGUCCUCGUUUCCUCCGUCAGUCCCUGCAGAGAGCCUGCUGGGAGCCGCCCUCGGCCUGGACCUGCUCACACACUCUUUACUGUCGGACCACUGCUUUCAUGAAGUGUCUUAUCUGACUGGGGUCAAUGAAUCUCCUCCAUGGUUCCUGUUUGCACACACACACACACACACACACACACACGGUGGCUGUUGGUGGCUGGGGUCUGUUUCACAGAGCUGGUUGAACGAACGCCGAGUGUCUCGGAGUUGAUCCACUCGGUUCCAGAUCAGCUGGUUGGAGUUAGGUUGUUCAGCUCGCAGGCGUUUCCCCCAGAAUCAAAGCACAUUGGCCACAAGUAUAAAAAGACGGCAUCGAUUGAGCCCUGAUUCUACGAGUCGCCAUGGCAACGGGGAAGCGGCUGUUUAGCCCAGAAUCUGACGUCUUAAUGUGCUGAGACGGCGAGUUGGAACGUGUUCUUAUAGAGCAGCGUCUCGCUGCUCGGGUCAGAGCGUCGGUUUAGCUGUAGUCCUCUGCAGUCACAUAGUAAUGAGUCAACAAAGGACUUCUAGUAGAGGAUGACUGCCGUCUCUGAGCUGCCGACUCAGCCGGCUUUGUGAAUCGGACCCCUGGUGCGUCGUACUGAUGGAAACGUCUUAUUUCCUGAUUUGAUUUGAACCUUUAGCUUCUCUCUCGUUCCUGUUUUACUGCUUUCUCUUCCUGCGUGUUUUAAAGGACUUUUUGCACACUCAGUGAUCACUUCAGAUGCAAACGAUGUCAAAUUGUGAAAUACAAGCUCCUCUGGGAGAAUGGUUUUGUAAAAGAAAUCUUUUAUAUGCAUUUGUAUGCUCAUAGUGUCUUUUCAGUGUAUUCUAAAGGAAUAAAGUGAGCAGUGAAUGA